AUUGUGGACGUGAAAGGGCCCAAUGCGGGCACCGGUACUAAUCAACACCGGGUUCAACACGCGUUCAAAGUGGUACUAUUGGGAGCGCCGGCGGUCGGGAAGACUAGUCUGAUUGGUUGGUACGUGAGGGGCGAGUUUAAGGAGCGCCGGGCGGCCACCCAUUUCGCCGAUUGUAUCGCACGGACAACGUUUUUGGACGACUCGGUGCUUAAGCUAGAGGUGUGGGACACUCCCGGAGCCGACCGGUACCGAUCGCACGCCUUCCUAUACUAUACCCGAUGUCACGGCUCUAUCGUUGUCUACGAUAUGACAGCGCCGGACACGUAUCGUUGGGCUCAGGCCAUGUGCCGGGAGAUCGUGGUUAAAAGCACGCAUAACCCUAUUAUAGCUUUGGUGGGAAAUAAGGCCGAUUUGGUCAGUGGCCGGGCGGUAGAGAGCCGGGAGGUGGAGGCUUAUGCCCGGAACAAUAGCCUGAUAUUUAUGGAGGUUAGCGCUAAAGCUGGCCGUAAUUUAAACACCGUGUUGGCGGCUAUGGCAAAGUUGUUGCCUGAAUGCGAU